GUAACUGGCAGUAGUUGAGUAGAGCUAUAGCGCAAGGCAGUUCGCUGUAAUUUGGUCGGCACGAUGAAAUUGUAUCCUGUCAAAGAAGUGCGCAGCAGCACUGCAUGGAUGCUCUUGCCUACAAGACGCUCAUCCCCAAGUCGAUCGUGUAGCGUACACAUCCUGCUGCUUGAGCAUCGCCGCAUCAUCCUCUGUGGCCCCAGCGGCACAGGCAAGAGCUACCGGCGGCUGGCCGAAUACCUCGUGCUGCGGUCGUGUAAGGAGUCAUCGCCUGGCGCCAUCGUCGACCACAAGUCGAACAAAGAGAUGCGAUCAUGCGAACAUAGUCGAGCAGUGUGAAAGCGCCGCCGCUGCCGACCGUGAUCAUCCUCGACAACCUGCUGGGAGACGUAAGUCACGUUUGUAUUCUCGCUGCCUCUCUCUAUCUCUCUCUCUCUCGCUCUGCCUCUCUGUACCUCUCUCUC